AUGUAUCGGAAGUUGUCUAAGUUAGAACACUCGGAAAUAAAACAACUUCUUACAGAAGCUAACAUAGAUGUUGCAAAACAUUACGCGACAAACAAAAAAGCACUCGCUGACUUCAUUAAAGACUAUAAUGGUGCAAUAAGUUAUGAUAGAAUUCAUGAGUUCAUAAAGCCGCAACGCGGCGAGGACGAAGUCCAUGCAAGAGCAUUUCCUUUAAAUGACGUUGCUAUUGACUUAUAUCAUAGACGUUCAGUACCUCAUGAAGUAAGAAGAGAAAUGUUUGACAUAACAAAUGCAAACGUUGGUGAAACAAGAAGAAGAGACGACACACUGAAACAACAGAGAAGAGAGAUGUUUAAGAGCGCUAUAGAACAAGUUCGCAAAGCUAACGAUGUCAUUCGUUCCAUUGACGACAAACCAAAAGAAGGUGAGAGAUGGUUAAAGAAAGAUGAAGAGAAUAGGAAGAGGAAUGUUAAGACAGGCAAUAGACUCAUUGACUUUAACAUCGAAGCUUUAGAUGAACCAAACAGAGACUACUUACACAAACAUUUCGGUAAGGUUUUCAUGAGACUCUUAGAGAAGAUUAAAAUAAACUCCCAACAAAGAUGGAUGGUAUGUUAUAAACUUGGUGGAAAGUAUGAAUGUUCUACGUUAAACCUCAAUAAUAUUGGAACAUUACUACAUCAGCUCUUGAAGGAGAACUUUAUAUCAGAGAUAGAAGCAAAUGCUGCAGGUAUUGUUGA